CGGGUCGCCGUGGUGAGCUGUGGAGGAAGGAAAAAGUUCAAGAUCCGGUAGCGUCCUGGAUACCAGAAUGGAAAUCAAAUACGCUAUAAAGGUCAUCAUUCUUGCAAAUAUUCUAUCAGUAGGCUUCGCAACCUUUGGACAUGAGCAUGUGCAUAUAAGGAUACACUUGCCGGAGGUAGUGCAGCAACAUGAAAAGCAUAUCAUAAAAUAUGAAGAUCAUGGCGGAGGAGGUCACGGAGGUGGAGGUGGAGGUGGAGGUGAUGAUCAUCACAUUGAUGUCUCCGGUCCUGGAGACAUAGGAGGUGGGCAUGGAGGAGGUUUUGGAGGAGGUCACGGAGGAGGCGGUGGUUUCGGAGGUGGUUUCGGAGGAGGUCAUGGAGAUCACGGUGGAGGUUAUGGAGGUGGUGGAGGUUUUGGAGGAGGUUUUGGAGGUGGUCAUGAUGAUAUUGGCGGAGGUGGAGAUAUCAUCGUAGAUCAUGGUGGUGGCCAUGGAGGAGGUUUCGGCGGCGGCGGUGGUUUUGGAGGUGGCCACGGAGGAGGUGGUUAUGGCGGGGGGGGGGGCGGCGGCGGCGGAGGAGGUGGUAUCAUCAUAGAUCAUGGAGGACAUGGUGACGGCGGCGGCGGUUUUGGAGGUGGUCACGGAGGUGGCGGUUACGGCGGCGGAGGUGGUGGAGGCGGCGGUAUUAUCAUAGACCAUGGAGGACAUGGAGGCGGCGGCGGCGGUUUUGGAGGUGGUCACGGAGGUGGCGGUUACGGCGGCGGAGGUGGUGGAGGCGGCGGUAUUAUCAUAGAUCAUGGAGGACAUGGCGGCGGCGGCGGCGGUUUUGGAGGUGGUCACGGAGGUGGCGGUUACGGCGGCGGAGGUGGUGGAGGCGGCGGUAUUAUCAUAGAUCAUGGAGGACAUGGCGGCGGCGGCGGCGGUUUUGGAGGUGGUCACGGAGGUGGCGGUUACGGCGGCGGAGGUGGUGGAGGCGGCGGUAUUAUCAUAGAUCAUGGAGGACAUGGCGGCGGCGGCGGCGGUUUUGGAGGUGGUCACGGAGGUGGCGGUUACGGCGGCGGAGGUGGUGGAGGCGGCGGUAUUAUCAUAGAUCAUGGAGGACAUGGCGGCGGCGGCGGCGGUUUUGGAGGUGGUCACGGAGGUGGCGGUUACGGCGGCGGAGGUGGCGGAGGCGGCGGGAUUAUCAUAGAACAUGGAGGACACGGCGGCGGCGGCGGUGGCGGCGGCGGUUUUGGAGGUGGUCACGGAGGUGGCGGUUACGGCGGAGGAGGUGGCGGAGGCGGCGGGCUUAUCAUAGAACACGAUGAACAUGGUGGUGGUGGCGGUGGUUUUGGAGGGCAUGGAGGUGGCGGCGGUGGCUUUGGAGGAGGUGGUGGAUACGGAGGAGGACACGGUGGUGGUUUUGGAGGCGGCCACGGCGGUGGAUUUGGAGGCGGCCACGGCGGUGGAUUUGGAGGCGGCCACGGCGGUGGAUUUGGAGGAGGAGGUGGAUAUGGCGGCGGCGGUGGCUUUGGUGGUGGUCACGGAGGAGGUGGAUUUGGUGGACAUGGCGAUUUUGGAGGCGGACAUGAUAUCGGUGGAGAUGAUCAUGGCUCCAGCAGUUAUGGCAAUAGUAUAUCAUCUGAUUUUGGUAGCAGUGGCCACGGCGGAAGCAGUUACAGUUCUGGUGGCGGUUUCGAUUCCUAUUCAAGCGGUCACGGCGGUGGCGGUGGCGGUGGCGGUGGCGGUGGUUACGGUGGAGGUCACAGUGGUGGUUUCUCCGGUUAUCACAAAAAGAAAUAAGAAAUUAUUCUACUGUGACCAAUAUGUUGGGCAUUGCAGAUACAUAUUUACAGCUGUAAAUAUCUGCAUACUGAUAUAUUGUAU